AUGAGGCUUUUGGUGACCUUCUUGGCGGCGGCAGGUGCCGUGCAGCCGGAGGUCCCCUGGAUUGAUCGCCACGCGCUGAAGGCCGCCGAAGAACACGAGGCUGUGGCGCAGGUGGCAGCUGAAAGCUCCAAGGCCAGUCAUGAGGCCUUGCUGAGUGCCCAAGCAGCGCUCUCCGCGCGCGACGCCGCGCGGCAGAGCAGGGACUUCCUCAGCGCGCAGGUGGAUCCCCGUGAGGCCAUCCAAAAGGAGCUGGAUCAAGCGAGAGAUUGGGCUCAAGAGGCCAGAGCUUACGCCUCGCAUGCCGAGCAGACCUUCGCAGAGAUGAGGAAGCUCCCCCAGCAAGCGGUGGAGAAUGUCACGAAACUGGUGGAAGAGGAGGUGCGGCGGGAGGCGUACAUGGCGGCCGAGCGCCGUGCCGCUGAGCCCACCCCAUCCCCUGAGGCUGUGCGUGUGGCUGCCAAGACGAAGGCGGAGGAGCCGUAUCGCCAAGCUGUAGAGCGGGCGCAGCAGAACGUGGCGCUGUCCCUGGCGAAGUCCCAGCGCGCCGCCGAAGCCGUGGACCGUUUGGCCGAGGAGUCCCAGGCGGUGAUGUCUCGGCUCUACUUGAGCGGCGUGGAACAGGGUGAUCCAACUUCUUGGACACCCCGGAAGACCUAA